AUGAAUGUAUCUUCUAUAAAAAAUCACGGAAUUGAUUAUUUAAUUCGAAAGGAUGUUAAUCAAUUAGAAGGUAUUUAUGGGAAAAUAAAAACAAUUUAUGAAGAUUUUCAUGUUCAUGAAAUAACAAAGAAAAAUGAGAUUCUUCAUUUAAAUAAUGUUAUAGAUAAAAAUAUAAUUAAAAAUAUUCUUGAAGAAAAUGAGAAAAACGAAAAUGCUAAUAUAAUAUAUAAUAUUACAAAUAAAGGGGAACAUUUUGAUAUCCUUUCACAUUAUUUGAGUGAAUAUAAUAAAAACGUGUUCUCCCAGUUUUUAAAUAUCCUUUAUGAAAUUUAUCAAUUAAAAAAUGAAAAUGAGACACAACAAAAUGUUAUUGAUCCAGAUGAUAAUAAGGAAUAUAAUGAAAAAAAUGAAAAAUGCAAAAAUGAUGAAAAACAAAAUGAUAUAUUAAAAGAACAAAUUUGUAGUAACAAAAAUAAUGCAAGUAUUCAUACAAUUCCAUAUUGUCUUCUAACAAAUUUAGAUGAUAUAUUUUUUUGUAAUAUAAAAAUUGACAACAAUCAUGAUAUUUAUGACAAUAAAAAUGUAGAAGAGAAAAAAAAAAUUAUUAGAAAAAAUAUUCAUAAAAUUAUAAAACAAUAUUAUCCAUUUUUAUUAACAGAGACAAAAAAUUUUAAUAACAUAGAUCAAGUUAUAUCACAUGGAAAUAUAUUAUUAAAUCAUAAUAUAAUUGAUAGCUUAAAUCAUAUAAAUACAUCUUUUCUAUCAUCUAAUAAUAAAAAUAUAAAUGCUAUUCAGGUAUAUCCUUCAUUAAAUUGUCUUAAAUGUAUAUUGCCUUCAAUUUUUAAAAAAUUAAAAGGAACUUAUAAAAAAUCGCGUUUUAAUAAAACGGAAGAAAUGGAAUAUAUUAUAAAUCAACAUUUUGAUAAGAUAAACAAAAAAAAAAUUAGAUUAUUCACAAGAAAUAAGUGA